CAUUUUUCUGUUAAUUAAAUUUCAAACUUGUCGUUUUCCAAUUUCACCGUUCGAUACGUAGAAGAUAGCUGGAUUUAAGAGUUGGAGAUUCAUUGACAGCGAAUGUUUACCAUCAAGUUAAAAUAUGUUUGGAUCACUACGUAACAAGUUUCAAACAGUACAAGAAGGUAUAUCUGCUAGUAUACGUGGAUUGUCAACCACUGAGCAUUCAAAAAGCAAAAAGCCAGUCAAUGUAAGGAAUGUAAAUUAUGAUGCUGGAGCAGAUGUUUUGCAUCAUUUCCAACUGCAAUGGAAUGAGCUUCAUGAGCUCGCAGAGGAAAAUGCAGGGAAGGCUCAGGAAGCAGAUACACUGAUAUCUUCUAUUUAUGAAAAACUUCAACACGAGUGGAACAAUGUUACAAGCUUAAACAAUACCCUAGCUUACAUUCCAAAGAUUAAUAAUGCGAUUCAAGAUCUCAUGGACCAAAUAGGAAAUUUACAAGAAAUGUUCGAAGAAGUUGAAGGAGCUUUGUAUCGAUUGGAGGACUUAAAUGAAAUGUUAGAUUUACAAAGUAGACAACUGGAUCACAGGUUCCAAUUGGCUUUGUACAAAGAGAAGAAAUUGAUAGAAUUAAAUAAUUUCAAAACAAAACUUGCUAAUGAGCACACAGAGAGACUCUCACAGCAUGAACUAAACCAGCAAAAAAAAUUGAAAGAACGGCGAGAGACUUUUGAGGAAGCUUUUAAAGAGGACCUUGCAGAAUACAAAACAACUGGAUCCAUACCAAAGUUACCAGUCUCUGCAAAAGGCCCAUCCUUGGACGAGAUAGUAUUAGACAUUGAUUCAAAGAUAUUUGACGAGUUUUUAGAGAAUUAAAGGCAGAGGAUUCAGAUAAGUGU